AUGUUAUUAAAAAUUUUAAUUAUUUAUUUCAUUUUUUUAAAUUGGUUUGUUUUAUCAUUGGGACAAUUAAAAAAUUAUAAUGAUAAUUCAAUUACAUUAAUAGUUGAUCCAUUUUCAAACAAAAAUAUAAACUUUUAUAAAAGUGGAGAAAAAUGUGGAGAUACUCAUAACAGAUGUAAAUCAAUUAAUGAUGCAAUUUUAUAUUUCAAUACCAUCGCAAUUGCAACCCCAAAUAAUAAUAAAUUAAGUUAUCAACAAUUAAAUUUACAAUUAGCAGAUGGAAUUUACUCAACUACAGAAUAUUCUUUUAAUUUAUUUGAAUUUAAUAUAAAUAUAGAACCAUUUAAUAAAAAUUCAAAAAAGGUAGUAUUUGAUGGUAGUAAUAGUAGUAAUAAAAAUAAUAAUAAUAAUGCAUUAUUUUAUGUUGAACCAGUUUCAAAUACUACCUCAUUACCAUUUAAAAAAAGAACAAUUAAUUCAGCCACCACUAGUAUAUUAUCAAGUAUAUCAAUUUCAGAUAUUACAUUCAUUUCAUUCUCAAAUACAAUAAUUAAAAUUGAUAAUAGAAAUGAUGAUAGUUAUAAUAUAAUUAAUAUAAAUAAUUGUGUUUUUAAAAAUUUUACAUCAUCACCUCAAAAAAUUGAAAAAUAUGGUUCACCAAUUAUUUAUUUACAAUCAUCAUCAUCACCAUCAUCAUUUUUAGAACAAAACCAAACACAAAAACAACAAUUAAAUAUUAAUAACUCAGUUUUUAAAUCUUCAAAUUUAUUUACGUCAUUAUGGAAAACUAGAUUAAUUCAUAUUGAAAAUACAAAAUCAUUAAUGAAUAAUAAUGUUUUUCAUAAUUUAAAUGGUUUGAAAAGUUUAUCAAAUUUGAUUUAUUCAAGAUUUAAUUCAGAUAUUACAAUUAAUUCAAAUCAAUUUCAUGAUAUAGUUACAUAUAAUGGUUUAAUUAAUAGUGAUAAUUCAAUGAUUAAAAUAAUUAAUUCAAAUUUUAGAUCAAUCAUUGGUAAUAAUUUUGGUUCAGUAUUAUAUUUUACAACUUCAUCAACUUUUCCAUCAUUUACAUUUUUUAUUGAAAAUUGUAAUUUUUGGAAUUGCACUUCAUUAUAUAGUAGUGGUGUUAUAAAUGCUGUUGGUAUAAAUAAUAAUAAUAAUGAUAAUGAUAAAAAUAAAAUAAUUGAUUGUAGUUUCUUUAAUAAUAAAGGACCUGAUUCAAGUAUAUUAUCAUGUCAAACAAUUGAUAUAACAAUUCAAUAUUCAAAAUUAAUAUCAACCAAUUCUCAUGGUGGUACAUUUUUAAUUUACACUUCAAAUUUAUUUGUUCAAAAUAAUUAUAUCCAAGAUGAGAUUAAUGAUGAUUCAAUCGUUGAUUCUGGUAGAAUUCAAACAAUGGGUAAAGCAAAUUUAACAAUGUCUUCAAAUAAUUUUGGUAAUGAUUUAAAUCAUAAAUUUAAAUUUUCUUGUGAUGAUUCAAUAAUUAAUUUACAAAAUAGUCAAGAUUUAAUACCAUCAUUUAUUUGUAAUCAAUGUUUAGAUUUUACAAUUAAUAAUAAUAAUUCAAUUUGUUAA